AAACACCCAUGCCUCUUCUCCUUCACCAGUCUCCACCUCUGUUCCACCAUGUCGCUACCAAAAGCCGCCACCCUCUUCCUCCUCUUCUUCCUCCUCCUCCUCUCUUCCACCACCACCUCAAAUGCACACAACAUCACACGCCUCCUCGCCAAAUAUCCCCAAUUCUCCACCUUCAACCACUACCUCACCACCACUCACCUGGCCUCCCAGAUCAACCGACGCCAAACCAUAACCGUCCUAGCCCUCGACAACACCGCCAUGUCGUCUCUCCUGGCCAAGCAUUACUCCCUCUACACCCUCAAGAACAUCCUCUCCCUCCACGUUCUCGUUGACUACUUCGGUUCCAAGAAGCUUCACCGCAUUUCCAAAAGAUCAACUUUGACUUCCACCAUGUUCCAGGCCACCGGCGCCGCCCCUGGAACUUCGGGGUACGUCAACAUCACUAACCUUAAAGGCGGAAAAGUUGGGUUCGGGGCUGAAGACAACGAGGGAAAACUCGAUGCUACUUUCGUUAAAUCCAUAAAAGAGAUUCCUUACAAUAUCUCCAUUGUGCAAAUCAGUCAUGCUUUGAAUUCAGCUGAAGCUGAAGCACCAACGGCGGCACCAAGCCAGCUUAACCUAACGGAAAUCAUGUCGAAGCAAGGGUGUAAAGCUUUUGCGGAUUUGCUGACAGCUUCGGGAGCCGAUGACAAAUUUAACGAAAACAUGGACGCGGGUUUAACGGUGUUUUGCCCGACCGACAGUGCCGUCAAAAGUUUCAUGCCCAAAUACAAGAAUCUGACGGCGUCGAAGAAAGUGUCGCUGCUGUUGUACCAUGGGAUUCCGGUGUUCAUGUCGUUGCAAAUGCUGAAGACCAACAAUGGAGUUAUGAACACGUUGGCAACGGAUGGAGCGAACAGCUACGAUUUCUCGGUGAGCAACGAAGACGAGGUGGUGUCCUUGGAUACGACUGUCGUGACCUCCAAGGUUUUGGGGAUUUUGAAAGAGGAAGAGCCGUUGAUUGUGUUCAAAAUCAAUAAGGUGUUGAUGCCAAAGGAGCUGUUCAAGCCGGUGGUAGCGAAGGAGGCAAAUGCGCCGGAGGCAGAUGCACCGGCGGACAGCGAGCCGGCUGAUGCGGAAGAUAACACUAAUGGGGUUCAAGGAUUGGGCGGUGGGAGAUUGGUAAUGGUGGUGUUGAGCUUGUGGAUUGGGAUAUUGUUGAUAUGAUUGAUUCAAAUUGCAACACAGAACACACAAUUCAUGUGAAAAUAUUUGGAUAUUUCCAGCAAUAAGUGAUCAGUCUCACUUCCAUGCUCUUCUUUUUCUUAUCAUUAUUUUGGUUGGAUAGAUUAUAGAGUUAUGAUGCACAUUGUUUGAGCUGUAAAUGCAUUUUUUCUUUUUGUAUUGUUUACAAAUAAAAUGGCCCAUGCAAGGCUGUAAAUCCAAUUUUCUUUUUAAA